GUGCGAUUGUUCGACGGGCCGGCAACGAUGGCCGACAGCAAGGAAGACGAGAAGCGCAUGCAUGAGACCUUUGACAUGCUGCCCAAGCUUAUUGAGAUCCUCAAGGACAUCCUGGCGGCGGGGACGAGCCAAGAGGUGACGCGCGUCGGCGACGUCUCGAGCACGUCGCUCAUGCUCAAGGCAAAGUACGAGGAGGCUGCACGCGUGCUGGCGUCGCUUCCAGGCGUCGAUAUGAGCUUGGAAGCUCAGCAAGACGAGAUCAAGAAGGCCAAAGAGCUCUUGCGCCAAAAGAGCGCGCUCAUGGAGCUGUACAGCGAGACGCUUUUCCGCGGGACGGACGAGCCGCGUGCGCAGCUCAACGAUGUCUUUUCACGUCAGAAUUUAUAAACACGGCAAGUAUGUCAACUCCGCUCUCGUUUCGCCUCGACUGGCCAAGUGCCUUGACAGCCUGUCGACACCAACUAGCGAACUAGGGUCGAGUACAUGGGCUAGACCUGUACAUACAUGUCAGGAGGGGCUGCUGCACCCGGUCUCGCCACCGCGCAAAACGUUUCCGCGGGGCUUGAAGCGGCGCCGCCCAACCAAAUUGCCGAAUGC